UCUUCGGCAAUCUAAGACGAAUGAACCAUAAAUAAUAGCCUCUUCUGAAUCAGAGCAACCAACACACAGAAAAUAUAGAAAGAAAAAAUGAAGUAUUUUCAUAGCUUUUUGCUGCUCUUGAUAAUAGCCUAUGGUAUUUUUGAAUCAAUUCAAGCUCAAGAUCAAUCAGAAUUCAUCAGUUUAGCUUGUGGGCUGGUCCCUAAAGAAACGGUUUAUACGGAGAAGUCGACGAAUAUAAUAUACGAAUCAGAUGCGAAUUACAUCGAUAGCGGAUUGGUCGGGAGGAUCAAUGAUGCGAACAAAACGCGUUUACAGCAACAAUAUUGGACUUUAAGAAGCUUUCCUGAAGGUGAAAGAAACUGUUACAACUUUAACCUCACAGCUAACCGAAAAUAUCUGAUCAAAGCUUCCUUUAAUUAUGGGAACUAUGACGAUCUAAAUAGACUCCCAAGGUUUGAUCUUCACAUUGGUCCUAACAAAUGGACUUCUGUUUCAUUCCCUGGAGGCAGAUAUGGUUCGAACCGUGAGAUGAUCCAUGUCUUAACACAAAACCGUCUUCAAGUUUGUCUCGUUAAGACAGGAGAAACGACACCGUUUAUUAACUCUUUGGAAAUCCGUCCCUUACACAAUGGAACUUAUGUCACGCAAAGUGGAUCGUUGAUCUUGGUCUCAAGAGUUUACUUUUCACCCACACCAUUAUUUGUCAGGUAUGAUGACGACAUCCACGACCGAACCUGGCUUCCAUACUCAGACGACCAAAAGGUAUCUAUAAGGACGGACCUUUUUGUCAAUACAAGUAACUUCUACGAUGUGCCAGAAGUUGUGGCGAAGACAGCUGCUGUCCCUAAAAAUGCUAGUCAGCCUCUAACCUUAAAUUGGACUCUCAGCGAGAUCACUGCACAGACAUAUAUAUACAUGCAUUUCGCAGAAAUACAUAAUCUUGAAGCUAAUGAUAUCAGAGAGUUCAACAUUACUUAUAAUGGUGGCAAAAAUUGGUUCCCCUAUUAUAGGCCUCGGAAACUCCAAAUGAGAACAUUGUAUAACCCAAGAGCUUUGAAUUCUCCAGAUGGGAAAUUCAAUUUCUCUUUUGUAAUGACUGGGAACUCAACUCUUCCUCCUCUUAUCAACGCCCUCGAGAUUUACAACGUCUUAAACUUUCUACAGCUCGACACGAGCCAAGAUGAAGUUUCUGCUAUGGUUAACAUCAAGCAAAGUUACGAGUUGAAGGAAAAGGUUAGCUGGCAGGGAGAUCCAUGUGCUCCUCAGUUUUUACACUGGGAAGGUUUAAAGUGCAGUUAUCCAAAUGCUGAUUCACCAAUGAUCAUAUCCUUGAACUUGACAGACAGCAAAUUGACUGGUCGCAUAACACCUGAAUUUGCCAAGCUAACACAGUUGAUAGAGCUAGAUUUAUCAAAGAAUGAUUUGUCAGGAGAUAUUCCAGCGUUUUUUGCUGAUAUGAAGUUGUUGAAACUCAUAAACUUAAGUGGAAAUCCAAAUCUCAAUAGCACAAUUCCAGAUUCUCUUCAACAAAGGUUACACAGAAAUUCUUUAACACUAAUUUUGAGUGAAACUCACAGAAAAGAGAGUAAAAAGGUUCCAGUGGUUGCUAUCGCAAUGUCAGUGGCCGGAGUGUUUGCUUUGCUAGUCAUCUUGGCCAUCAUUUUCGUUGUUAGAAGAAGAAAAAAGAAAUGUACGAUUUUUGAUUUUAGUCACACUCACGUAUUUUUUUUUAUUUUUUCAUUUCACAUAUUUUUAUACGGUGUUACAGCUCGAGGACCCAUAUCAGUCAAUGCCAGUGGAGUUAAAAGUAAGGACCUCAAGAUCACAUAUCACGAGGUGCUGAAAAUAACUAAAAACUUUGAGAGAGUUCUUGGCAAAGGAGGCUUUGGUACAGUGUAUUAUGGAAACUUGGAUGAUACUCAAGUGGCUGUUAAAAUGCUCUCUCACUCAUCAGCUCAAGGGUACAAGGAGUUCAAAGCAGAGGUUGACCUUCUUUCAAGAGUUCAUCACAGACAUUUGGUGGGACUUGUUGGAUACUGUGAUGAUGGAGAUAACUUGGCUUUGAUCUAUGAAUACAUGGCAAAUGGAGACCUGAGUGAGAACAUGUCGGGAAAACGCGGGGGCAACGUCCUAACCUGGGAAAACAGGAUGCAAAUAGCUGUAGAGGCAGCACAAGGGUUAGAGUAUCUUCACAAUGGAUGUCAGCCUCCUAUGGUCCAUAGAGAUGUGAAAACUACCAACAUUUUAUUGAAUGAGCGAUAUGGAGCUAAAUUAGCUGACUUUGGGCUCACUAGAUCUUUUCCAAUCGAUGGCGAUUGCCAAAUAUCGACUGCAGUUGCGGGCACACCUGGUUACCUGGACCCCGAGUACAACAAAACAAACUCGCUGAGUGAGAAGAGCGACGUAUACAGCUUUGGUGUAGUGCUGUUACAAAUCAUCACAAACCAACCUGUUAUAGAUAAAACCCGGGAGAGAACCCACAUCAUUGAAUGGGCUGUGUUAAUGCUCACUAAAGGAGACCUCAGGAACAUCAUUGACCCCAAACUGAUGGGGGACUAUGACACAAACGGUGCGUGGAAGAUGGUAGAGCUGGCUCUGGCUUGUGUGAACCCGUCUUCCGACCGGAGACCAACAAUGGCACACGUUGUGAUGGAGCUAAACGAGUGUAUGGCCUUGGAAAAUGCAAGGAAACAAGGUAGCGAAGAGAUGUCCUCGAGAGGUUAUGUCAACUUCAGUCUCUCCUCUGCUUCUGAGUUUAUCCCUAGAGCCAGAUAAAUUUGAGAAUUUCCCAAUUUAUGUUUUGAAAAUGCCAUGUACACUCUUAUUGCAUCCGUAAAUAUUCUUUUGUAAUAAUAAAACCAGUAGGCUAAGAUCUGCGCCUUAUGCCAGAUGAACAUUCUGUAUUUUUGCAUAUCUAUUAUUACAAAGAAG